UAGUUAAUAUUGUUUAAGAUUUACGUCCCAUUCAUAUUGCACAACAACGUAAUGCACUCUCAAUCGGCGAUGAGAGGAGUCCCUUCCCACCCAGUAUUAGAAGAAGAAGAGCAUCCUCAACGCACCAGCUCAAAUCACCCGGAGAAUGUACCAGAUUCCUAUUCUACCCACAAUCUAACGCCUGUUUUCUUAACGAACGAUAGCAAACAUGUCCCGUGACCACAUCUUAAGUGAUCCGUGACAACAUUCAUCGAUCAAUUAAUUACACAUUAAUAGUUCUUGGAAAAGUAACCUAUUGAUUUAUUUUACCAUCGACUAUUAUAACGAAGGUCAAUAAUGUUUUUGAAAACCUUCAAUAAAUUGGGUCUCAUCGUUUUAGCAAUAAUCAUUUUUUGUGUUAAGCGGAAUUUUUGCGAGAAUCCAAACGAUGUAGUCUAUUCUUUCAAAUAUGCAAUCGAUCAAGGAAAUAUUGGUUUACGAACGCAUCAUUUCGAGGAAAGAAACGGUGAUUUAGUUCGGGGAAGUUACAGCCUCUUAGAACAUGAUGGAAGAAUUCGUAUUGUUGAAUACGAAGUCGCUGGACCAAAAGGUUUUAGGGCCGUAAUUAAUUAUAGAAGACCACCAGGACCACCUAUAAUGGGACAUUUAAAAUUCCCGCAAUAUCUUAAAAAUCCCAUUAUAUUGGCAAAACCAGUUGGAUACAUUACAAAAGAUUUAUUUUUGCCGUAUAACGCGUAUCAUAACAUGAUUUAAAGACAUGUUUGUCUUAAUUUUUAUAUUUAUUAUUUUUAUUAAAUGAGGUGUAAAUAAAAAUCAUUUUAAAAUUUUAAA